GUCGACGCCAUUUCGUGUCCACUGGUUUCAAGGUGAUGGUAUCAGCCAGCAGAACCGCUAAGGGAUCGUAACCUACUCAAGUAAAACAGCGUUGAAUUUUACUCAUUUUUAAAUAUUAAGCUCCUGUUUUUGAAGCCGCUUUUUUGAGCAGCGACAAAUCAGACAGUAAGGCAGGCAGACCUCCACCGACCAGGGUACAGACACAAUGGAUUGGUCGUCCAACGCCUCCAGCCCGAUGGCGAGCAACGUCACCAACAAGACAGACCCCCGCUCCCUCAACUCCCGUGUCUUCAUCGGCAACCUCAACACCCUGCUGGUCACCAAGGCUGACGUGGAGGCCAUCUUCUCCAAGUACGGCAAGAUCGUCGGCUGCUCCGUCCACAAGGGCUUCGCCUUCGUCCAGUACUCCAACGAGAGGAACGCCCGGGCCGCCGUGGCGGGCGAGGAUGGCCGCAUGAUCGUGGGACAGGUGCUAGACAUUAACCUGGCGGGCGAGCCGAAGCCGCACAGAUCGAAGACGGUGAAGCGUUCUGCGGGAGACAUGUACAGUUCCUCUUUUGAUUUGGACUAUGACUUUCAGAGAGAUUACUACGACAGGAUGUACUCCUACCAGUCCCGGGUGCCCCCUCCCCCUCCGCCUCUGUCCCGUGCCGUCAUCCCCUCCAAGCGCCCGCGGGUCAGUCUGAGUGGAGGUGGGAGCCGACGAACCAAGACCAGCUUCUCCUCCUCCAAGAGCAGCCAGAGGACCUCUCGUACAAUGAAGGUGGACGAUCUGCAGACCAUCAAGAGAGAGCUCACCCAGAUCAAACACAAAGUGGACUACCUGCUGGAAAGCCUGGAGCGCAUGGAGAAGGAUCACAGCAAGAAGUCAGAGAUGAAGAGCUCCAAGCCAGAGCCUGGUGAGGUGUCGCCCCUCCACUCCUCCACCUCCAGCAAGAAGGAGGAUGGCCUGAAGAGGGACAGAGAGAGGGAGAGCCAGGAUCUGAACGACUCCGAGGAGGAGGGGGACCUGCUGGAAGAGGAGGAUGAGAUGAAAAGCAGAGGGAGAGAGGAAGAUGAGGAGGAGGAAGGGGAGCAGGAGGAGGGAGAGGAUGAUGGAGACAGUGCCAAUGGAGAAGAGUCCUAAACAUUACACUACACUGGCUAUUUGAACACACAGGCAGACAGACAGACAGACACACACACAUACACGCACAAACACACACAGUUACAUACAGAUACACAAAAGAAUUGUGUAAGAUUGUAUUAUCACACCGGACUUGUACACCGUGGUCAUGUGCUCAUAUCUGCUGAUUGGAGGUUUCUAUACAGUGUAUUAUAGAUAUUCCUAUUGCUCUCUCUCUCUCUCUCUCUCUCUCUCUCUCUUACACACACAAACACACACACACACACACACACACAUUCACACAACAUACAUAAAUAUGUAAAGUCCUUAUUUCUAGAUUUGCUCUGUUUUCUGUUGUGUCCUUUAUAUCUUUGGUAAUCUCAUCUGCCGUCUUCCAUACUUUUGUCAGUUUUCAUGCGUAGACUUUUUCUGCCUUGCAGCUAUAAAGGAAGAAGAUGCCAUUGGGCAAAUGCAAACUGUUAUAUGUCACAUUUAGACAAAAUUCAACUUCAAUCGAAUGCUUCAGACCCUAAAAUCGUAGGCUUCAACGCAGGCUGUAGUGAGGUCCAUGAGGUUUGCAUUGAGAAACAGACCAAGUCUUCUCUGGUCUAAUUCAAAUCCUUUUCUAGACCGCAGCAUUCUCUAAAUGUUCUGUGAUUACACUCUAAUCUUACUAUUUUACAUGAAAACCUAAUACACUGGAAGAGGAAAAACACAGUGGCUAAAUCACUUUCCGCUUUUUUAGGUUGGUGUGAUGAUCUUAUGCCGAAAAAUUGAAUAAAUUGCCACAUGACGGUGUCCAAAACCAAGGCAAAACCAAAAUCAAAAUACGCUUGAGCGCAAGAAUUUUUUAUUCGAGUCAGUCGUAUGAUAAAUCCUAGACUUGGUUCUGCAGCCCAGGCUUGAAUUAGUUACAGGCUCAUUUGGACUCCUGAUCCUGUAUCAGUGUUAUUUCUUCCCCCUUCUCAAUCAGAUGUGAUCAGCUGCUGCACGACUGCCUCCUAACCAGCAGGUGGCAGUACGUCAUAACAACUUCAACCACAAAGGGUUACAAGGAAUUAUUUCUGUUGGUCAGAGGGAAUUUUUAUGUCACUUGUCUGCUUGGCAAAUUAUUGUAAUACGAGCAUGUUUGAAAUCUCGCGUAGGAUUGCGGAAAUGCUCUCAAGAUCAUGGUUUGGGACACAGUUUUCUUUAGUUUGUUACGGUAUCGGGAGGUGUUGUGACUUUAAUUGACCUUGACUUGUGUAAUGCAGUAAUACUCCAUGUUCGUCCGUUUACGGUUUAUGUUUGUCAUUUGACUGCACUGGUGAAUUUAAAUAAACAUGUUUUCCUAGUUGGA